AUGAUCAACGGACGUGCUUUACAUUUCGUGUUCAAAGUCGCCGACAGGACUCUAACUGCAAAAUUCUACAGAGAGAUCUUGGGAAUGAAGGUUUUAAGACAUGAAGAAUUUAGUGAGGGAUGUGAAGCUGCCUGCAAUGGACCUUAUGCAAACCGAUGGAGCAAGACAAUGGUUGGUUACGGACCAGAAGACUCACACUUUGUGGUGGAGUUAACAUACAACUACGGUAUCACACACUAUGAACAAGGAAAUGACUUCAUCGGUCUCACAGUCCAGUCCAGUGAGAGUCUCAAGAGAGCUGCAGCUAACAACUGGCCGGUGAAGGAGCAGAAUGGUCAAAAGUACCUUGAAGCUCCCGGUGGCUACAAGUUCUUCAUUGUUGACAAACCCCAGCCUGCUGACAGAGAUCCAGUAGUCAAGGUGUCGCUCGCCAGCUCAAACUUGGAGAAAUCCAUCGCCUACUGGAAUGGUCUGCUUAGUCUGAAGAUCUUUGAGAAAACUACAAAAACUGUCACGCUAGGCUUCGGUGCCGACCAGGCUAAGCUGGAAUUAGUUGACAUCGGUGAGCCGGUGAACCGUGCAAAGGCAUACGGCCGCAUCGCUUUCUCGUGUCCAUUCGACGAGCAGCCAAUCAUCGACCAGAAAAUCCAGGCGGCCAAAGGCGCCAUCCUGACACCUCUGAUAUCGUUGGAUACGCCAGGCAAGGCUACGGUUAGAGUCAUCAUUCUAGCCGACCCCGACGGCCACGAGAUCUGCUUUGUGGACGACGAGAGCUUCCGACAGCUGUCGCAGGUGGACCCCGCCAGCGACGCCGACCUCGACAAGUUCAUCAAAUCAGACAAGUCGCGGGCGUAA